AGAUCUGGUAUUAUUUCUUUGCAGGUUAUGAAUGCGAGCCAUACAACAAUCCUGCUGAUUUUUUUCUGGAUAUCAUUAAUGGAGAUUCAACUGCUGUGACACUCAGCAAAUCAGAAUCUGUCAGUCAAUACAAUUUAUCAGAAACCAUUGAAGAGGACAGAGGUGAUAAGACUAUUGCUGAGAAAUUAGUGGAGUUGUUUUCCAGUUCCCCUUACUACAAAGAAACAAAAGCAGAAUUAGAGAAGCUGUCUUUGAAAAAUAAAAGGAAGAUGAGUGCAGAUUUCCAGAAAAUCACAUAUAGCACUUCCUUCUUUCACCAGCUCAAGUGGGUGUCCAGACGCACAUUUAAAAACUUGAUAUAUAACCCACAAAGCUCCAUGGCCCAGCUGUGUAUUACAACUGGUCUGGGAGUAGUUGUAGGAGCCAUUUUCUCUGGAAUAAAAAAUGAUUCCAGUGGCAUUCAGAACAGAGUUGGUGCUUUAUUCUUUUUGACCACCAAUCAGUGUUUGAGCAGUGUUACAACGAUUGAACUUUUUGUCACAGAAAAAAAGAUAUUUAUACAUGAAUAUAUCAGUGGUUACUACAGAGUAUCUGCAUAUUUUUUCUCAAAGAUAAUAGCUGAUUUAAUACCCAUGAGGACUUUACCAAGCAUCAUCUUCACCUGUAUAAAUUAUUUCUUAAUAGGUUUCAAGCCAACAAUUGGAGCCUUCUUUAUCAUGAUGGUUACCCUUAUACUGGUCGCCUACACAGCCAGUUCUAUGGCUCUGGCUAUAGCAACGGGACAAGAUGUUGUGGCUGUCGCUAAUCUCCUCAUAAAUAUUUGCUUUGUUUUUAUGAUUGUUUUCUCUGGCUUGCUGGUAAAUCUCACAAGCAUCGCAUCUUGGCUUUUCUGGCUGAACUAUUUCAGCAUCCCUCGCUACGGCCUGACAGCUUUGCAAAUUAAUGAAUUUACAGGUCUAAGCUUUUGCCAGAAUGCCAAUGUGACUGGGGUCAAUGUAAGUUGCAUCACUUCUAGUCCAUUUACAAUCUGCACUGGAGAAGAAUAUUUGAAAAUGCAAGGCAUUGAAGUGUCUGCUUGGGGCAUGUGGAGGAAUUAUGUGGCUCUUCUAUGCAUGACACUAAUCUUCUUUACAAUUGCAUAUUUGAAACUGCGCUUCCUGAAGAAGUUCUCUUAAUUCAGCUGAGUUAACAAGCAUCUAGUAUAACACAAUACAAUGCAGUUUUGAUAGUGAAUGGACUAAAAAUGUUUUAACAUUUUCAAAGAUUACAUUAAAGAUUUUGAUAACUGUGUUCAGUUUUUACUAAUACUGCUUGCUACCGAGCUACAUCUAUUACAAAAGUCUUACGCGCCUGGAGACAGCAGAGGAUUGCUGACAGCUUACAAUUUAGGCCUGGGAUUUCCAGGGACCAAGGAAUGCUGUAGAAACCCCAGAUCAGCAGUAAGGGAGAUGUAAACAGAGAAGCAUCUUUGACAUCCUAAGGUGACAAAGGCUUAGUCUGCAUUAUUGAUAGUGGCAGACAGCUAGCUCAAGAAAGCACUUGAAAAAAAUAUCUAAACAUGUCUACCUAGAAAUAUAUAGUUUAAAAAACUAUAUAAAGUGAAGUUGGAUGAGAAUUUAGUUUCCUUAUUUAACGCAGAUGGGCAGGGCAGUAAGUGAAACUGACUAGGCCUUCAA